GAUUGUUAUAAAUUGUGUAAUUCGUAAUUUGUAACUCCCUUUGUGACGCCAUAUUUAGAACUAUUAUUAAUUUCUAAAGAACCCAUCUUGAACGAAAGUUCUUACAGCAGAUAAAGAACUAAAGCAUUUAUCUAGUUAUUUUGAAAUAAUUUAUUCUUAAAUAUUUCACGUGUUCUAUACUUAUAAACUUUUGAUUCUAUAUAUACUCUUGGUAUGAGAUCACAAGAACGUGGGUCAGGUGAUUAUGAGGUAUUAGAAUGACAUUUAGCAAACUCAAUUGUUUUACAGUUGUUCAGUGGUACUGUUAGUGUUAAGACGCAUGAAGUGGAAUAUACGAAACAAUUACUACUUCACGUUUGUUUUAAAAUUCAAUUUCCGAAACUUAUCUCUGAAAUUGAGUAACAGGUGUAGUUUUACAGUUACUACGUAGUGUAAACCAGCUAUUGAAUUUCCCAAAUUUGGAAGUCAUAACUAGUAUAAACAGUGCACCUAGUAGCUUGGCGUUCUAAAAGUAAAUAGUUAACAAUAACAUCUCUAGAAUUAGAGCAGAGAGGUUAGGCCUACGGAAACUGAAAAUUUACAAAACUAGACCAGUGUUUCAAGUUUCAACAUCAAACUGAAGAAAAGCUUAACUACAAAAAUUACUUGGCCUAGCAGUGUAAAAAAAUUGCAGAACAUCUAACCACUAUAUAGUGGUUCUCCAAUUAUUAAAAUUAAAUUACUCCACCUUUAGAAUUAGAACUAGAACUUAGAUUAGGAGCAACUAGAAAGAUUGAAUUAUGUCUGGGGAAGAGACUAAUCCUUUUGCGGAUCCUGCUGUUACACAAGUGACUGGACAAGCAAGACAAACUCCAUCAAAUUUUGAAGACUAUAAUCCUUUUGCAGAUACUGGAAAUCAGAACAGAGUUCCCUCUCAAGUACGUGGUGCAUCUCACCCUCCCCAAUAUCAAGAUGAUCCACCUUCUGGUGAACCGGCAAUUAUAAAGCCUGUUUCUGAACCCCCACCCACGUAUACACCAUCAGCUUCACAGUCUGUUAAUCAACAGGAUCUCCAGAAACGUCAGCAAGAGCUAGAAAGAAAAGCAGCCGAACUCCAGGAAAGAGAGCAAGCUUUAAGAAAUGUUGGAACAGAUGUUCGAGCAAAUAAUUGGCCACCUUUACCUGCCAAAUGCUGUUUUGGACCUUGCUUUUAUCAAGAUAUAUCUGUGGAGAUUCCCAUUGAAUUUCAGAAGACUGUGAGGACUGUGUACUACUUAUGGAUGUUUUACUUUUGCGUUCUGUGUUUGAAUGUGAUUGGUGCUUUUGCCAUGUUUAUAACUGUUGGUGGUGGAACUACUUUUGGAUUUGCCCUUCUAGCCCUAGUCCUCUUCACACCACUUUCAUUUCUCUGCUGGUUUCGGCCACUGUACAAAGCUUUCAGGAGUGACAGCUCCUUCAAUUUCAUGGUUUUCUUCUUUGUAUUCUUCUUUCAAACCAUCAUUGCUAUCCUGUAUGCCAUUGGAAUACCAGGGAUUGGUGGAUGUGGCAUUGUGAAUGGUCUGGCCUCCUUGCAAAGUCGACCUGUGACGAUGAGCAAUUAUGCUGUAGGAGGGAUUGUUCUGGUCAUUGGAUUCCUAUGGGGUGUGGUAGCUGUUACCUCAUCCAUCAUGUUGCUUAAGAUUCACAAGAUUUACCGAAACAGUGAUGCCAGUUUUGCUAAAGCACAAGAAGAAUUUGCCCACGGUGUUGUUCGCAAUGAAUAUGUCCAAAGUGCUGCUACCAAUGCUGCAACAGCAGCUGCUAAACAGUCACUUAGAGGAAACCGUUACUGAGCCAUUAGCGGAAGCCGAAGCUAGAAGAUCUUAGCUGUGGAAGAUUAUACACGUGUAUGUUGCACUUCUGUACUAAAAUAAGCAGGUGAAAGGUAGAGAGCAAUUGUAAUAUUAAAUAAAAUCACUUUAGUAGUUGAUUGUGUGUUGUUUGUAGUUACUCUAGAUGUGUUGACAUUUGAGUUUCUUAAUACUUGUUUAUUACGCUACAAAUACUUGUUUUUUGGAACAGUUGCAAGCAUGUGAUGACAUGUUCCAAAUUUAUUACUUCUAACAAUCGUUAUGUGGUUUGAAAUUUGAUGUGUUAAUGCCCUCUGGUCUUUAACUGUAAGUGUUAGGUAUAUAUUCUUCUGAAAAAAAAACUAAGCUGAAAAUCAAUAUUUUCUUUAAUAAAUCUAGACACUUAUCCAUAUUAUAAAUACUGUAUAAUUUUCUUUAAUAAUUUUAUAAUAAUCCCGAGAGAAAAACUGAUUUAAUUGUUUAGUACUCAUUACAUAAACCAGUAGUGGAAGUUAAUUGUUGAGUUUGAAUCCAUUGAGAAAGUGGAUUUUAUUAUUAAAAUACAUUGAAUAGUUCUCUACGAUAUUUGUUUUCGUAUCUUUUCAUGAUAAAUGUGAGAGAUACAGCUUUUAGAACAUUUAUUUUUAUGUAAUGAUAUUAACACCCACAAAUUUACUAAUAAUAGUUACCUUUCUUCUCCCUCUGACUCUAACAAUUAUUAUUAUAACUUAGAAUAAUCAUAAACAACAAACAGCAGUAACAAGUUCUGGUUCCCAUAGAUAAAAUUCAAAAUACCGUGUUAUAAAUAUUAGUAAACAUUUUUGUCUACUGUGAAUACAGGUUUAGUGUUUUAAACUUGUAUCAUUAAUUAAUCAGUAAUUAAAUAAAGAUUUAAAACUUCUAUUUAACAUGAGCUUUUGGUCACCACACGGGACUUUUUGUCAUGUUAAUGGUAAGUUAUAAAAUUUUGAUUUAAUCAUUAGUGUCAGGCAUAUAUUUUUCUGAAAAAAAUAAACUUGAAAUAAAUACAA